UCUAACUACGAAGAUCAUAUAUAGACAUGAAGGCUUUUACCUUUAUAAUUUCUUCUCUUCUGUUAAUUUCCUUUUUGCUGGGUACUUCAGCUGAGCAAUGCGGAAGUCAAGCUGGAGGUGCUGUGUGUCCUGGAGGCCUAUGUUGUAGCAAAUAUGGCUGGUGUGGUAGUACAACUGAGUACUGUUGUGAUGGCUGUCAAAGCCAAUGUCGCCCUAAUAUAUGCGGUGGUGGAGGUGGCGGCGGAGAUCUAGGUAGAAUCAUCUCAAAAGCAACAUUUGAGCAGAUGCUUAAACAUAGAAAUGAUCCUGCUUGUCCUGCUCGUGGAUUUUACACUUAUGAGGCUUUCAUCACAGCAGCUAAAGCUUUUCCUGGCUUUGGAACCACUGGGGAUGAUGCUACACGUAAAAGAGAGAUUGCUGCAUUCUUGGGACAGACAUCUCAUGAAACUACAGGAGGGUGGCCAACUGCACCAGAUGGACCAUAUGCUUGGGGAUAUUGCUUUGUCAGGGAACGAACUCCAUCAGACUAUUGUUCUCCAAGUGCCACUUAUCCUUGUGCUCCUGGGAAGCAGUAUUAUGGUAGAGGUCCCAUUCAACUUUCAUGGAAUUACAAUUAUGGGCAGUGUGGUAAUGCCAUAGGCGUAGGCCUAUUGAACAAUCCAGAUCUAGUGGCGACAGAUCCAGUCAUUUCCUUCAAGACAGCAAUCUGGUUCUGGAUGACUCCACAGUCUCCAAAGCCCUCCUGCCACAAUGUCAUCAUCGGAAAAUGGUCACCCACCCCUGCUGAUUCGGCGGCAGGAAGAGUUCCAGGUUAUGGCGUGAUAACAAACAUCAUCAAUGGUGGUAUUGAAUGUGGUAAAGGCCCAAAUGAACAGAAUAAAGAUCGCAUUGGAUUUUAUAAGAGAUAUUGUGAUAUAUUUGGAGUUAGCUAUGGUAGCAACCUUGAUUGCUACAACCAAAGGCCGUUUGGAAAUGGGCUUUUGAACUUGGUAAAUUCUAUGUAAUCAGUUGUUUCCAUGUAAUAUUGGAAAGAAUAAACUAAAUAAAAUAUGUGUCGUGUCCUUUGAGUGCAUACUUAUGCACUUUUAUUAAUAAUAAUAUAAUCUUAAUUUUCACUA